GAGAGAUCGGAGAAAUUGAAUACAUGUAGAACAUUUAUAUAUUUAGAUUUAUAUUUUCACGGCGCGCGCGUGUGUGCGUGUGUGAGCGUGUGUGUGUCUGUGUGUGUGUGUGUGUGUGUGUGUGUGUGUGUAUGUGUGUGUGCGUGUGUGGCAGCGGUGGCGGCGGUGGGGGGACACCCGCAAAACGGAUACCUCAAAAAGGAAGGAUGUGAAAAAGGAUGGAGGGACGCGGGAAAAGAGGGGGGAAAGGCUGGUGAAAAACAGCGCCCUCUCUUAGUGUGAUAUUUAUCUGCCACCCCCCCUCGGCAGGUUGCCAUGGUUGCCAUACCUACUCUCUCUCUCCUGUUGGUCCUGGCAGAGUGGGCAGGUCUGGUGUACGCAUCCCCGCACCUCCUGCUUCGGCCGAGCCCACGGGAGCGUGAUGCUGGGACUGUGAUGAACUUCAACAUCGCUGUCAUCCAUGCCGGUGCUACGGUGCAGGCAGAGGCAGCAGUGGCAGGGCCUGGAGGAAGGGUGCUUUACCCUGGUUUCGGCCGGGUAUACGGCUCCCUGGGGGAGAGUGUGGUCACCCAGUGGGGCUCUGCUAACGUCAUUUGGCUACAGGUGAACGACAGUAGUCCAAAGACAGUGCUGUCCCAGCUGUGUGAGCUGCUGGCUGCUCGGCCCCUGCAGGGCCUGGUUUAUGAAGAGGAGAGGCCCCCUCGCACACCUUGGGGUCCUUUGGCCCCCAUGCUGGAGUUUGUCUCUGCGCAAACAGGACUGCCCAUAGUGGCUGUAGGAGGGGGAGCAGGGCUGGGGAGGAUGCCACAGGAAUCAGGUUCCAUCUUUCUCCAGUUCAGCUCCUCUACUGCACUGCAAUUAGAGGUCAUCUUUGAGGUACUGGAGGAGUACGAUUGGACUGCCUUCUCCGUCGUGUCUACGCGUCACCAUGGCUACCAGGAGUUCUUGUCUGUGGUGGAGGGCUUGACCGACGGCUCGUUCAUUGGCUGGGAGAAGAGGAGCGUGGUGAUCCUGAACGUGACCGACGACCCUGGGGAGGCACGCACGCGCAGGCUGCUGAAGGAGAACGAGGCGCAGGUGCGUUUGCUGUACUGCUCCCAGGAGGAAGCCGAGCUGGUUUUCAGAGCUGCUUGGGCAGCCGGUCAGGCUGGAGCAUCGCACAUGUGGUUUGCAGUGGGGCCAGCACUCUCAGGUUUGAGCAUGGAAAACCUGCCCCGGGCUUUGUUCGCCGUACGGCCCCAGGGCUGGAGGGACGAACCUCGCCGAAGGAUCGCUCGAGGUGUGUCUGUGCUGACUCACGGGGCAGUGGCAAUGCGCAAGGAAUACGGAACUACGGGUGGGCCAAACUUCGUCACCAACUGCAUGACGGAUGCCAAUCAGACCCAGAGACUGCGAGGCAGGAUGAGGUAUUUUAGCAACAUCACACUCGGUGGACGAGAUUACUCCUUCAAUAGUGACGGUUACUUGGCCAACCCCUUCUUGGAUGUCAUCUCCUGGACACCUGGACGUGGAUGGGAAGAUGUAGGCUGGUGGGAGAAUGGGGUACUAAGGCUUCGGUAUCCAGCCUGGUCCCGCUAUGGGCCCUUCCUUAAACCACCUGAUGAUGCCCAGCACCUGCGUGUGGUCACGCUGGAGGAGAGGCCAUUUGUCAUUGUGGAGCUGGCAGAUCCUGCAUCUGGAACCUGCAUCCGUGACUCAGUCCCUUGCAGACGACCUCUUAAUGCCAGUGCCCUCCACGAGGGAGUGGCUCCCAUGAAGCAGUGCUGCAAGGGAUUCUGCAUUGAUAUCCUCAAGCGACUGGCAAAGAUUGUCGGCUUCACCUACGAUCUGUACUUGGUGACCAAUGGGAAGCACGGGAAGAAAAUCGAUGGAGUUUGGAACGGCAUGAUUGGAGAGGUGGUGUACAAGCGGGCGGACAUGGCCAUUGGUUCGCUGACUAUCAAUGAGGAGAGGUCAGAGGUUGUGGAUUUCUCUGUUCCCUUUGUGGAGACAGGGAUCAGUGUCAUGGUUUCCCGUAGCAACGGAACUGUAUCACCAUCAGCUUUUUUAGAACCCUACAGUCCAGCCGUGUGGGUGAUGAUGUUUGUCAUGUGCCUCACUGUUGUGGCUGUGACUGUCUUCAUUUUUGAAUUCUUCAGCCCCGUGGGUUACAACCGCAGCCUCCAGACUGGGAAGAAGCCUGGAGGGUCAACUUUCACUAUAGGAAAGUCUGUCUGGCUUCUGUGGGCCAUUGUCUUCAACAACUCUGUGCCAGUGGAGAACCCAAGAGGAACCACAAGCAAAAUCAUGGUGCUGAUCUGGGCCUUCUUUGCUGUCAUUUUUCUGGCCUCCUACACUGCUAACCUGGCUGCUUUCAUGAUCCAGGAGGAGUACAUUGACACAGUGUCAGGCCUCUCAGACAAGAAGUUUCAGCAUCCAGAAGAGGAGUACCCACCUCUGAAGUUUGGCACGGUGCCCAACGGGAGCACAGAAAAAAACAUCCGCUCUAACUACCCAGGCAUGCACCAGUACAUGGGCAAAUACAACCAGAAAGGGGUGGAGGAUGCCAUUCUGAACCUCAAGACUGGGAAACUGGACGCUUUUAUUUACGAUGCUGCGGUAUUGAACUAUAUGGCUAGGAAGGACGAAGGUUGUAAGGUGAUGACCAUAGGCUCGGGGAAGGUUUUUGCCACCACAGGCUACGGUAUCGCCCUGCACAAAAACUCACGCUGGAAACGUCCUCUUGACCUAGCCCUACUGCAGCUGGUGGGAGAUGAUGAGAUUGAGAUGCUGGAGCGGCUCUGGCUGUCUGGUAUCUGCCAUAAUGACAAAAUUGAGGUGAUGAGCAGUAAACUGGACAUUGACAACAUGGCCGGGGUCUUCUACAUGCUGCUGGUGGCUAUGGGACUCAGUCUGCUGGUAUUUGCUUGGGAACAUUUGGUGUACUGGAAGCUUCGCCACUGUAUAGCUACUAGUUCUGGCAAAUUGGACUUUCUCUUGGCGAUCAGCAGGGGUAUGUACAGCUGCUGCAGCUUUGAGGAUGAAACAGCACCAGGUGGCGCUAAAUUGCCUUCACACCACACUGCAAUGGUUACAGUUCCAUCGCAGCCACAUGUCGUUUCAACGACCAUGAGCAACCCAGUCAUUGCCAUGGCGCAACAGCAGCAACAACCACAACAGCAGCAACCGCAGCCCGUCUACAAAACACCUCUACCAGGUUCUCCUCCCACCGUGGUGCAUUCUGGGACAGCAAUGGGUUCCUCAAACACCCCCAUUGCUGGUGCACCCCUCCCUUGCUCCACCUUCCUGCCCAGGCCAGACCGCAGACUGGCUGUGGUGGAUCGUUGGAGGCUGCCCAAAUCUGCAACAGCCACCAAUCCCAUGGCUGUUAGGGCGGGCAUCACUGACAUGGGACCCUUUACUCAGAAAAUCCCACCAACCUGGGCUUCAACUGCUGGAGGGGGCGGGGGACUCGAUGGCUAUAAGAGAUACUAUGGUCCCAUUGACCCUGAGGGACUGGGGCCCUGCAUGGAGCAGCAGGCAGGGUCCCAGACCCCCAAGACUAUGCCCAGGGGCCACCCCCAGCCCCCUCCAGCCAGUGUGGCCUUCUAUUCAGAGAAGGGCAUGGACCAUGGGGUAGGGAAGAGGGUGGUGGGAGGUGGCAGUGGAGGUCAGGGGAAAGGGGCUGUUAAAUCUCUGGGUACUCCCAGACUGCCUCCUAAGAGUCAGGCCCCCCUGCCUCCUACACCCCCACUGCCACAUCCCUCUCCCCCUCUCCCUUCAUCUUUCUGGAGAAAGCGCAGGCCUAAGAAGCCCAAAGAGCCUGGAGGACCACUGUAUGAGAACAUUCUGCCUCUUGGGCGGAGGGGAGGAGCACGCGAUGGUGUGAGGGAGGGGGUAGCGAGACGGGCACGCCCCCUUUCUCCCCCUCUCUCACUUCCUAUACCAGUGCCCCUCAGCCCCUCUUAUACCCCUCCUUCUCCCUCUGCAUCCUUGCAUUAUACUUCCUCGUCCUCUUCGUCAACCACUUCGUCCACAUCUACAUCCUCAUCUGCUUCAUCUUCUCGCUCCACAUCUCCCACCUACUCUUACAGCUCCUCCAGGAGCACACAAGACAGAACUGGAGGAAUAGAUGGAGAAGAUGACGAUGAUGAAGAGCUGACAGAAGAGUCGAGCCUUCUCCUUGGGAGGGGAAGAGAGAGGGAACGUUCAAUCAUCCGCCCUCGUUCCCUCAGCCACGGCCGCCUGCCACCACCUAUACCCCCCAGGAAACCACGCACAUCCUGGGGUGACAGAGAGCGGGAACGAGAGAGGGAAAGAGGGGGGAGCCAGCUGUCUCAGCUCCAAGAGUGGUGGGCAAGCUGGAAUGAAAGAGACAGAAGUGGAAUAUUUGGAGAUACCGAGAGACAAAAAAGGGACAAAAAGAGGAGAAAAGACAAAGAGAAGGAGAAGAAGAAGAAGAAAAAGAACAAAAAGAGGAAAAAGAGGGAGGAAAGGGAAAGAGAACGGGAGAGAGAAAGAAAGCGAAGAAAGAUGAAAAAAAAGAAAAAGAAGGCACUGAAGACAAAGAAAAGGAAGAAAUUAACUGGGGGAAAACGGUCUGAGCCAGAGGAGGGAGAUGUAGAACCAGAGAGGGAAGGAGAAGCAGAGGGAGACAGGGAGGGAGGAAUACAGGACUACUCUUCUUUUUCUGGCCAAUAUAGGAGUGUAUUUGGUGAGAAAGGAAGAGAUUCGUGGGAAGGAGAGAGGGAGAGAGGCAGGAGAGAAGGAGGAGAAGAGGGUAAUGACAGGGAAGAGGAAGACAGUGGAAGGAGCAGGGAGAGACGUCCCAAAUCUUCACACUCUCGUUCCAGACAUCGAAUCCCAAGUAAGCGGUACCCAAACUUGAAUAAGCUUCCUUCAUCAGUUAAAUUUUGGGUGAACGGAAGAGGCGAUGACUCCAGUGCUCCUCCCUCAUCCUUCCACCCGCUCCUUCCAUCUACCAAGCGACGAAGAAGUGGAGUUAUGGAUAGAGAUGACAGUGGCAGAGUUGGAGAGAGGCGUCCUUUGUUAAUGCAUUACGAAAAAGAGAAAGCACACACACGAGAAGGGCUGUCCUUUCAUGAAUGGGAUUCUGACGACGACGAUGACGACGACGACGACGACGACGAUGAUGAUGAUGAUGAUGAUGACGAAGAGGAGACAAGGGAUAGAGUGAGGGAGCGGGUGGACGAAAGGGGGAGGAGGACCGGAAGGGGGGCAGUAUCUGAGUCAGAGAGGGACAGGGCUAGGGCAGAGGACAGUUACUCAGACGAGGGUUCAUCAGGGGAGUUUGGUCAGUUUGAGAGAUACUGGGAGGAAGGUGCCAGAGGUAGCAGUGCUGAAAUAGGGGGCAUAGGUGGAGGAGGUUGGUUCUUUGGUACCUACCCUUCUAGAGAGAAAGGGGGCAGUGUCAAUAGCCGAGAUGAUUCCUUGUUAGGAACUCGGGCAGAGGGCUGGAUUGGUGCUGAUUUUUGGGGAUCGGGUCCAGGUGCUGGCUGGGGAUCUGGGGGAGGGAGUGGAGGGCUGGGCUCACACUGGCCACCACCCCCAACUGCAUUCCCUCCACCUAGACGAUACUGGUCUAUGGACAAGAUUCCUGUGAAGGGAGAGAAAAAGUGGAAGAGCGGAGGAGGGAAGAACAAGGGCCGAAGUAGGGAAAGAGGGGAAGAGACAGGAAGGGCAACAAUGUGUUCCUGCAGCCUUUACCCCCAACCACAUCCUUAUCCACACCGCCAUGGCCGCUCACACACUUCUCAUUCUAAGAGAGGAUCCACAACGCUUUCCCAUAGCCAAGAAGAGCUUCUCCCUCACUGCCACAGCUUCAGCGGGGGCACUCGUCCCAAGCCUCUGCCUCCCAAACCUGACUCCAGUCAGGCCAAAUCAGGCAGCCAGUCUAACCUCAGCCUCAGCACACAGCCUACAGACCAUCCACAGCAGCCCUCACCGUCACCACCACAACAACCGUCCAUGUCUCCCACUUCCCUCCCAAUGCCCAUCCCUCCUCCGCCCUCAUCAUCCUCCGUUUCACCACCAGCAGGGGUAGGGAUGGCAGGUCAGGCUCAGGCUUCAGCCAGUGCCAAACUUCAGUAUCAAAGACUGCGCUCUGUGCCACAGCCACGGAGGUUUUACUCUCCUCACUUGCCACUCAAAGCCAAAAGCCUGUGCUCACGUCGAGGGUCUGCACACUUCUCCAGCCUAGAAAGUGAGGUAUGACAG